AUGUUGAAGGUAUCGCCAUGGAAGGGUGUUGUGAGGUUUGGGAAAGGGGGAAAGUUGAGCCCGCGUUAUAUAGGUCCAUUCGAAAUCGCCUCUCGAGUUGGACCAGUAGCGUAUAGACUCAAGUUGCCACAUGAACUGAAUGGAGUUCAUGGUGUAUUCCAUGUCUCCAACCUGAAAAAGUGUCUGUCCGAUGAGACACUAAUUAUACCCCAUGGAGAGGUUCGAGUGGACGAUAAACUGAGGUUUAUCGAAGAACUAGUAGAGGUUCUAGAUCGGAAAACCCAGAAACUCAGGAGGAGUAGGAUUGAGUUGGUCAAAGUCCGCUCGAAUUUUAAGCGUGGACCCGAGUUCACAUGGGAGCGACAGGACCAAAUGCAACAGAAAUAUCCUUAUCUAUUCCCACCGAGGGCGAAAAUGAAACCUGUAAAGUAG